UGGUUCUCUUUCCCUGCCGCCGCGGAGUCGCGCGGAGGCGGAGGCUCGGGUGCACUCAAGAUUCGGCUCUACCCGUAACCCACCGCCAUGGCCGAGGAAGGCAUUGCUGCUGGAGGUGUAAUGGACGUUAAUACUGCUCUGCAAGAGGUGCUGAAGACCGCCCUCAUCCACGAUGGCCUAGCACGUGGAAUUCGCGAAGCUGCCAAAGCCUUAGACAAGCGCCAAGCCCAUCUCUGUGUGCUUGCAUCCAACUGUGAUGAGCCUAUGUAUGUCAAGUUGGUGGAGGCCCUUUGUGCUGAGCACCAAAUCAACCUGAUUAAGGUUGAUGACAACAAGAAACUGGGGGAAUGGGUAGGCCUCUGUAAAAUUGACAGAGAGGGAAAACCCCGUAAAGUGGUUGGUUGCAGUUGUGUGGUGGUUAAGGACUAUGGCAAAGAGUCUCAGGCCAAGGAUGUCAUCGAGGAGUACUUCAAAUGCAAGAAAUGAUCAAAUAAAAAAAAAAAACUGGGCUCUUGUUCCUUAUCUCUCUUUUUUUAUUUGGGGCAGUAAAAUAGGGUCCCUGUUAAUGAACAUCAAAAGAUACUCAUUGCAAAAUAACUGAAAGCAUGCGAUUGGUCUCCUGGUUCUAAGUGAAAGCCUGUUCUCCCAACCAGUAAGUAACCUCAGUGUUGGCCAGUAGAGGAGCCCAAGUAAAGGAAGGCUUGCCGUAAGGUAUUGGUGACAGGGUUUCUUGGGAGUGGACAUUUAUCACGACUAUGAGGCCAGUCUAGAACCUGGAAAAAUGGGUUGAGGCUAGUCAUGUGUGGUGUCAAUAAUUUAAAAUCCUAAAGCUGGACAAGUCAGAAAAGUACAAAGGUGGGCUGGACUGGAUUUAGGCUGUGGGACACUAGACACUAGAGGGUACCUGAAGUCCAGGUGUGCUCAUGUGCAUAUCCGUUCCCAGGGUCAGGGUGUCUUUAUUUACCUAAAUAUUAGACACAGAAACAGGAUGUGCUUCCAUGAAUUCUAGUCCCCCUAGAAUCCCAGUAGGGAGAAGUAAUGGUGACCCAUGUACCUAAAGCCUGGAUCAAGUUGGGGUUUUGGUAUGAAUGUGAAAUGUUGAGCCGGGAAGGAAUGAUGGAAGGCUUAAGUUGGAAUCCCUUCCUUGUAAAUUGCCAGCUGGGUUACUUUGAGUUUCUGUCCCUUCGUUUGCCAGUCUUACUAUACAGUUAUAAGGCACAAGUGAAGGGAAAAUGAAUUGUUUGCUUUUAAUUCUGAUUUCUUUACAUCAGCAUUUACUUAACAUUUUUAGUCCCUAUACUGUAUUUGGUGCUGUUUGUUGAUGUAGUGGAAAAACCAUACUUUUGUUUGAUUCUUUAUGGGAAAUUGUGCAGUUCAGGCUAGGGAUACUGUUGGAUUACAGCAAAGUGCAUUUUCAUAGUCACUGGCCCUUUUUUGAAAUAAGUGCUAGGAAGACUUUGUGAAGCUAAUCUGUUUGCUGAAUGUUACCUCUCACUGAUUUGGGAUUACAUCAGCAUUGAUUUCCAUAUCUGCUGUCACCUGAGUUACAAAACACUGAAGGAAUAUUCUGCCCUUAACCUUUCUUAAUGUAAGUACUACGUGGCUGAGUCCACUGUUGGAAAUAAGAUAGUCUCAUCCUCUCAUCUACCUUUACCGUGUUUUCUGGCAUCUAUCCUCUGCUAGAAUGUUACGGUCACCAGGACAGUUAUGGUCAAGCUAGCUUCUUAAUGACCUUUCCCUUUUCUCCUCUUCCUGACUAAAAAAAUUUAUUUCUGGUCUGCUUUGGCCUUGGCCAUGCUCUCCCUUAGUUGCUUAUUUCUCUCUUUGCCCACGGAUUCUAUUGUAAUUAUGGAGUUCACGCUGUGGUCCUGUUUACUUCUCGAAGGCCAGCCUUGGACAGCUUCCAGUGUUUUGUCUGAUCAGCGCUAGACUAAUGGUGUGCACUAGACGGCACCCCAUGAAAACCUUGAAGUUUUGUGUGCCUCAGUGAAUUUUAUCUUACCCUUAAAAUUGUGGGGUUUUUUGUGAGAGGACAAGGAAGAGCUGUUGGCCUGCUAAUGUAUAUCAAACUGCACCAAGUGUUAACAUUUUUUUGUGUACCUGUUGAUUUCCCAAGCCAGAGCCCUCUGCUCCUUCCUCUAUCUUAUAGACUCCAGGUUGCAAUGGCCCCAGUUUUUCAUCUGCACUGCUCAAUUACAGUGAAGUGAUGGUUCUUUUCAUGACUAAGUCUUCUAGCUCUUUCUGCCCCUGCCUGAAGUCUUAUCUUUCUCCACCUGGCAGUUUUCACUCAUCCUUCAAAACCCAGCUCAGAGGAAUGUAGCUGUGGCCUUAGAGUUGGGACUUGGCUAUCUGUUAUGUGGGGAUAAUGAGGGAGCCCCUCGGUGCUAACAUGGCAGGGCAGAAGCAGGUGUCUUCGUUUUUUACUGGGAAAAUAGUUUGAGGACAUCCCUCAUGUACUCAACACACUUAAGCCAAGUACUUGAUAGUUGGUUUCUUGCUCCCAUGGGCAGUGAGACUCCUUGUUCACUGGGCUGCAAGACAACCUCUAAGCCAAAUCCAUUUUUCUGUUCUUAAAUCGUUAAAAUUUUUGCUGGUCCUGAUUUGUUAAAAUUUCUAUUAAAUAUGUAUUUUUUGUGAGACGCUUUAAAUUCUUUUAAAAAACCCCAGCACAUCCAUAGAAAAGUUGUGAAAAGGCUAUGUUAGGUUGGUGUCCGUUAAAAACAAGAAUUUGUCUAUAAUUGGAUAUGAAACCGUUAUACAGGCAGAGGUGUUACCAACCCUAGAAAUGUGGAAUCAUCUUACUGAAGACUAAUCUAGCCCUUUAAAUAGAGCUUCAUUUUUUCUUUAUAGAUGAGAGUACAGAGUUGGGCUCAAGGAAUAUGUUAAGCACAAGCGGGCUUUGAGUGCCUCUUUAUCUGUAGAGGAGGCGGGAGAGGAUAUUUAGCCAAGAAGGGGAAGAAAGAUCGCAGCUUUCGUUCCUGGCUGAGGAUGGGGCAGGAUGAUGGCUCAGUGGGUUGGGGCAUUGUCCUCCCAGCUGGGGUCCUCGUAAAACAGCCCCACAGGGCAAUACAGAAUUUGCAGGAGUAAUUUCUAGCAAGAGUAAUGGAGGCAGCGGCGUGGCUGGCCAAUGGAGGUGCCCAAGAGAUGCCACCAGGCUUCCACCACCUCCCAGAGAGAAACUUGGGUGAAGUCCAACUCGUUGCCGGUGGCCAGGUGCUGGGAGCAGAGGGGUGGUCACAGAAUUGAAGAUUAAUCUUAGAGAGUGGUCAGUUUUUUAGGGCUUGGGCUGCAUAAAUAACACAUUGGUGUUGGUGGACUGGUGGUACUGGUGCUCCCCAGGCAAAAAUAAAUGAGCCUUUUUAAAAAAAACACGGCUUGCACUUCAGAUGGCAUAAGCACACAAAACUUUUAUCACAAGUGAGGUGUUUCAGCCAGUUUUUUAUCGAAAACCUACAGGGCCAGGUCGCAGUCUGUUGAUGAAAGUUUGCGUUAUGUGCUUUGGAAAGCUCAGAAAUGAGGGAGGUGGAUGACCUUAGGAAUGAAGACCUGCACUAGAGGGGUGAUCUUUACAUUUCUUUUGCUCCAUGUUUGCUGACCACCUUCAUCACUGCGUUCCUGAUUUGUUUUCAGGGGCAAAUUGGCCUUGGGAAGGGAAUGGACAAUAGGAGAGACAGAAGUGCUUUUAUAGGUAGAAGCUGAGCCUCAAGCAUCCUCUUUAGGAACUUGAACUGAGGUGUGAAACGUGAAGAUGGAGACUGGUGGUCAUUCUGUGGCCCUGCCAACCUGGGAGGUUAUGUUAACCUUGCAUUUUCUGAUGAUAAAGGGUGCGAAAAAUUGUAAAUCAUCAAUUCAGAAUGACUUUAGUUAACCCAUUUAAUGACAAGUUACAAAUGAAAGAAUCGUUAUAGCUGUUAAGUAUGUUUACUACAAAGGUCUUAAUAGGACUUGUUGGUUGAAGGAGGGGAAAAAUUAGGUGAAAUGUGACACAUCCACAUAAUGGGAUAUGGUGCCAUAAAAAUGGACAGAAUGCAAGGGUAUUUGUCUAUUUUUUUUAAAGCAAUAUUCAAAGCAUGUGUGGUAAAGCCACAUUAAUAAAAGAAUGUAAAUGCACAUACCUUCAGAGAAGAGAAGAAAGGUUGGAAGGAUAUACAUUAAGGUUUUAAUGGUUGCUUUUGGAAAGGUGGGUAUUGUGAUUUUCCUUUUGCUUGUUUUUUUUUUCUUUAAUCAACAUGUAUUGCUUUUGUAGUAAGAAAACUUUCAGAUCUUUAUUGGAGUAUAAUGGCUUUACAAUGUUGUGUUAGUUUCUGCUGUAGAAAACAUUCUUAGUUGAAUGAAUGGUACAAGAUAUUCUUAGGGUUGAUUUUAAGUAGCAUUAAUAUAAAACUUAAAAUUUUUUUUAUGUUUUGUGAAUAUGUGAAUUUAUUCACUUGUAAAGUAGCACUUGGGCAGCUUUAAAAGAUUGAAUUCAGACCUAGCCAGCAGAGGGCAGUAAGAAGCUAGUCACAGGGACCUGUCAGUAAAAGAAGUGGAGAUAAGCUUGUACUGUGCAGCAGGGUCCCCUUAGGAAAAGAUUCUUCUCUCACUCCUUGUUGGGCUUUAGUUUACUAUUCCUGGUUGCUCUUGCAUUUUGUCUUAAUAUUGCAGAAUCUACACUCCCUAGCUGGUGAGGUCAAUUCAUCUUGUGCUUUGGGAGGUUGUCAGUAGAGGUGACUAGUUAUUAAUAUUUUUAUAUAUAGCUAAGAAAUGGAAACUACAGCAUAUUUCUAGAGGAAAAGGUUUUGCUCUGUGAUAGUGGUUUGUAUGUUCUUGUUAGGCCUCUUUCUCUUCCACUAUCCUGAGAGUUUAAAGUUACCUGAAGACCAAAAGUUUUCAGAGCAGGCCUAUUUUGGAAAAUGGCAUUAAGAGCAUUAAGGCAGCAGCCAUACUCUGGAGAUUAUAAUCCAUAGUGUAGCCCCACGGAAGCAGUGACUUUGUUCCGUGCUGUAUCUCUGGUGCCUAGAAGUAGUGCUUGGUGUGAGAGGCACAUAUUUUCUGUUUGCUUAGUUAACUUGUGGGUUUUCUUCUCAGGCUUAAACUCCCCAGCCUCUUUUGGCACUUGAAUUUCUCAUGUUCCUUUUUUCUGGCAACAGAAGUGAAUCUCUCAAGUUAGGCCUCUUCUAGACUAAAAUGGUGCCAAGUUGUCUCAGCUUCCCGUCCCUCCAGCUCUACUCUGGGGAGCAGGGCAGAGAAACAUAUACUAUCCCAAUAUGGGGUACAUAGCUCUCAGAGUCUGAAAAAAUAAUUUUAAAAGCCAUUACGAGACCUGGGAACAGUAAAAAGCAUGUGAAUUCAGGGAAACUAUUUUUACAUUGCAGUAAUUUCUUUUUGAAGCCUAUUUAUUGAGACACAUGCCAACAGCACAGUAUUGUACAAGUGAUGUGAGUUAAACCUUACACAAAUGUAGUAUUUGUCUUUUUAUUUUUCCUUCUUUCAACUCAGCUGCCCCCAACUAAAAUUUACAAACAGAUAUGAAAAUCCUGUUUGUACCUGGUUGGCUUGUUAGAGAAUAUGGGGUAAAAGGCCUGUGAUAUUUCACAGCGCUGCCACCAGGUUAAAAGGAACAAAAUGCACAUAAAAAAAUAAAUAUGAGAUCCGUAAGGGGAAAAUAAAGUAUUAACAUAUAAAAUGCUGCAAAUUAAAAAUCCUGUCUUUUAGAUUUGAUGCUUGGAUAUACUUGGUGAGUUCCAGGAGUCAGCAGAUGUUUUGCUAAAUGGGUGCAUGUUGUGUCUUGCUGGGAGGUACUUACCCACAUGUAGAUCAUAAAGUGAUGCAGUUAUGCCGUUGUUUCAGGAGGGAGUACGUGUAUAGUUUUUAAGAAGAAAUAAAACCUUUCUACCCCUACCCGCAAGCUGGGGUUUUGAAAUAAAAUUAUACAGUUCAAAAUUUUAUAUUUCGAGUAUCUGUCCUGUAAAGAGUAGCAAUUUUAUUUUCAAAUAAACACGAAAAUGAUAAUGUGGGUAAUAUUAAUGUGCAGAAGCAAAGUUCAGAGCCCUACAUGAAGAGGAGACAAUGUAUGUGAAAUUUUUUUAGGUUUUAAAGUAACUUAUCAAGGUGUAAAAAUUAUACUUAUUACCUUUAUUGUUGCCUAGUGUUGUCCUGUGAAGUGAGGCUCUUUUAAAGGGUUCCAGGUUGCAUUGCUGCCAUCUGGAGUCUUUGGUAAUAGACUGCAGGGCAGGUGGAGGCUCACACUCAGUUACAGUUUGAAACUUUCCUUUUUUGGGUGGUAGUGAAAAUAAAACAGGUAAGAAAUGAGCUGCCCUUCAAAGAAACGUCUGUUUUGGUAAAACUGCUGAGGGUGGUUUCUCCUGUCAACAGUAGAACAGUGGGCAACAACAGUUUCUUCAAUGAAGCAGAAACCUGCCUGCCGGAUAAAUCCCAGGACCCUUCGGGGUAAUGACCAUUUGCAAGUAAGAGUACAGAUUAUUUGUAGCAGGCGAAGGCAACGUUUUAAAAGCAAGCUGUAUUUCUGAGGGGUGGGGGGAGGAGAGGGAGACAGAAAGGGAGAGAGACGGAAGGAGGGAGAUGUGGGGAGGGGUGGAAGGGAGGGAGAGAGAAAUGAUGUAUAUUCAGGUUAUAAACUAGUAUAAAGUAUAUGUUCUACACAUUUUCUUCAGUUAAAAAAAAUGUCAACAUUCACCUUUGAUUUUGGAAGAUUAGCAUUUACUUAACAUUAUGAGUCAUUAGUUGAAAAUAAGUGUAAUUGACAUGAAUAUUAGCUGACCAGUUAUACUUUUAUUGCAUGGGUAGAACCCCAGUAGUUACUUUCCCUGGUGAGUCUCAACUGAUGGUGUUUUAUUCAGGUGAAAAUGCUCAUAAUCAUUGCCAGUCCUCAGACUUGUAUGUUGAAAUUUUUUGUCAGCAAAGUAAAAGAUUUUACCCUACCUAUACAGUUUAAUUCUGUCUUAAGGCAUUCACAUUUAGAAAUUAACGGCCAGUUGGGAUAAGAGAUGCAAACUCUUAUUUAAGGAACAAGAUAGAUCUAAUAAGAUUUAUAUUGCUUCAUCUAAACUGGAAAGCAAACAACCAAAGCAAAAUCUGCCCAACAUAUAAAUAGAAUAUAACAAAACCAAAACUUGUGUGUAGAGUUGAGUGGAAGAGCAUGUAAACUGUUCCUUUAACCCUGUAAUUCUCUGAUUCCUUGAUUUCUGUUUUGACACUUAGAUAAUGAAAGUUAAACAAUUGUGCAAAUAAAUAUAGAUAUUUACCUUAUCUUAACAUUUUGCUAUCCUGCACAAUUGCCAGACGGCUUCAUGCUUUUUCUUUUUUUUUUUUAGCUGCACCACAGGACAUCCGGAACUUCCCUGACCAGGGAUCAAACCCUGACCAGGGAUCAAACCCACACCCCCUACAGUGGAAGUGUGGAGUCUUAACCACUGGACCACCAGGGAAGUCCCCCAAAUUGCUUCAUGUUUGAUUUUAGUCCUUUGAAGAGACUACCAGGAAGGGGUUCUUAAGUACUUCUGGGCUCCAGGCUCUAUUUCAGACUAAUUAUUUAGUAUAAAAAAAAGUAUAUUUCUAUAAUAUCUGUAAGAUUACUUCUCAAAGUUAGUUUAUUGCUAAAUGAUACAAAACUAGGGAAUUAAACGAUUACAGUCUUCUGCUUAAUGAUACAAGUGAUAUUCUUUAAUACUUUCAUCUAAAGUAAUCAUUAAUGGUGAAUUAAUUUGUGGUAAAUUAUUUUCUAGAGUUAGUAGUAUCAUUACUCGUUGUGUUAUUUUCUAGAAGUAGCUAUGUGGCCUGACCAAAAUGUGGCUUUGCUACUUUCUUGCUGUAUUUCUGGAGAAGAUGCUCUCUCUUGGCCAGAGAGAAUUGGGCCUGGAGUUUAGGCCUGAAGUGACAAGUCUCUCAUUGCAGACUCUACAUGCAGUUAGAAUCUGAAUUUUGAGUUGGAAGGACCUGAAAAAUGAUCUCAUUUGGUUCCCUCAUCUUCUAGCUGAGACGACAGAGCCUCCAUACUGCAGGAUAUGCUUCAAGAAGCCUUUGGACAUGUGGGUAAACUGAUGAUAGGAUUUGUGAUUUUGUUGAAGAUGAAAAUAUUCUAUAUUUAAUAUAUGUGAAAGGAACACACUUUGUAAACUGAUACGGCUGUAUUGGUGAAGAGUAUCGGGGAUGAGGACCAUAAACAUCCUGUGAGUCCAGAAACACUGUUUAGUGCCUGCAAAAUACGCUAACAAGGGCAGUUUGUUGGCUUCCACAGGAGGUGUGUACAGAUGUGGAAGAAUGUUUAUACAAAGCCCAAAUGUGCAAGCAGCAUCUCCCAAAGGCCAUCAUUUGCGCUGUGCACUUUGUGUAGUUUUUCCCUGGUCUGCACUUGUUGCAUUUAGUUUAGGCUACCAACAGUGAUGUAGAAUGAUGAAGUCUCCAGAACUAGGGACCUACCACAGAACCCUUGUUGGGCUCCUAAUACACAGGGGAACUAGCAGAUCCAAGGAUGUGUCUUUAAAGAGAAGGGAAGACAAGGGGAGCCAUUUGUCCAGAAAAGAGUGAUUUGAAAAAAAGCCUGUCUCACAGUGAGUAACAGGGGUGUGUUUUACAAAAGAUGGCAGCUAGUUCUUUGCCUCGCCAUUAGAUAAAGUAAAUACAUGUUAGUGUUCAGAAGCAGUUAUAAAUAAGUUUAAAGAAGGAAUAUUGUUAUCUGUAGUUGGUUGGUGGGGGAUUGGACUUUUUAAAAAUAAUCUUGGAUUAGGUAUUCAUUCUGUAGUGUUGGCAGAAUGUUCCUAAUUUUUGCAGAGAAGAACCUGUUUCUUAAAGAUCUCUUUAAGAUGAGUGAGCAUAAGACACAGAUUCUCAUCCUAGGCUAAAAUGCCGUUCCUAUCCACAAAAAUCUGGGGAGUCAGUUGUAUUAACAUGUCAGUGUUAUUUAUAGCAAUAACAAGAGCAGAAGAAAAAUAUUUUUUUGAGAUAUGGAAUUCUGGAGGAUAUGUUUUCAGAUGCUGAAAUUUAGAGAUAAGAACCUUUUUAAAAAUUCCUUUAUUGUAUCUGUGCUUCAGUAAAAUUCCAAAGGAAGACUGCAACUUUUGUUAUUAGCUUUUAUCUUCCACUUACUUCUCUUUGAGUGUUUCUAAAUUUGGAUUCAUUGGGGAGAAAUCGAUUUCCUGAGAAUGCUUUAGUUAAUAUAAAAAAUUCACAUGUAUGGUUGUUAUUUUUAAUAUUUUAAAAUGUUUUAUUUAUUUUAUAUGUUUAAAAUAUUUUAAUGUCUUAAAAUAUUUUAUUGUACAAAAUAGAUCCUUACAAUUUAGGUAGUAUGGAAACAAUAUUCAGAAAAAUCAGAACUACCAAUUUUGGUGUUUAAAUAGACUUCAAAACUUCUCUGGAAUAACUUCUAUCUAAAACAUACCAAAUUUAAAUUACUGUCACUGCCAUCUUGAUUAAAAUUGGUUUUAAUUUACUGGCUUAAAAGAACUGUAUGAAAGAGCCAACAAUCUCUAGUUGAUAGUUUUAUCCAACUCCACUUCUUUGAGGGUCAUUUCAGUACAUUCUGUGCAGUGAACAGGAGAGGGCAGCAUGACCUCAGCUGUUGGAAAAGCAGCACAAACCCUUUAUGAGCAGAGAAGGCUGGGAGCUGAUGAAGAGCAGUUAGAGCAGCAGGUGCUGCAGUGUGUCUAUCAAGCAGGAUACACAGGAAACAAAUGCGAAAUAAAACUGUUUAAUGCCUCUGAAUGCUGUGGAUUUUUACGCAUAUUUUCCAGAGGGGUAGCCCCUUCCCUUGUAAAAAUGAAAUGGGUCAGAUGUUGAGAUUUUUAUGAGAUUUAGAAAGCUGUACAUGCCUAACAAAGGAGUUGGCUCUACAGCUGUGGGCUUUCUAAUCUCUGUUUUUUUUUAUGGAGUAGUAAUUUUCUAAGAACACUAGACACUCAUCUUCCUUAUUCUCAAAUUUCUAAACCGAUUUUAAUAAUAAAAAUGAAUAAGUAAUCCAGAUCUCCGGUCAAUAAAAGUACAUAUAUGCACUCAAA